ACAUUCAUUAUUUAUAUAACCUGGUUGCUUCCAACAUUUCCCACCAAAGUCUUCUCCCACAUCUCACCCUGCUCGCUGCAGGGAGAGGGGACAUCCCAACCGGCCGUGGGAUAAAGAAGAAGAAGAAGAAGACCACAGGCGCCCGUUGCACCUAGGCACGGCCCUUAUAUCCCCCAUCAAUUAAUUAAUCUAAUUAAUUAAUGGAACCCAAGUCAGACAGCGUGAUCAUCACCAUCGCCCCCAGCAACAAGGGUCCCGGUCCUAGUCCUACUCCUACGGAUAUUAUUGAUCAUACUAGUAUUAAGGAGGCGGCUGAUGAUCAUCAUCAUGAUGUCGGCCCCACCUCACCCGCUGCACCUGCACCUAAGAAGAAGCGUAGUGGAGGAGCUAUGCACAUUCUCCAGUUGGCCUUCUUUAUGCUCCGACGACGACAUCGUUCAGAUGGAAAAUCCAAACCCACCUCCUUCGAAGGUCAAGCUCAAGCCCUGGCCUCAACAAAAGGUACGUGGAAGCGCCUCGUAGGGUCCAUCCGCCCCUUGCACCUUCAAACCACCAGCAACCCCACGCCGCCAUCCUCCGUACACAGAUCUGCUCCAAGUGAGCGAUACGAGGACGUGCUCCCUCCACCCAUGUCUCCGGCGCGAACCGACGACCUCUCCUCCGAAGAUGGCAUGACUAGCCAAUACGCCUCUGCCGUCAAUCUCCAAGAGCUAGACCGCACCGACGAAGACAACGACAACUCCGCCAUCGUCAACCCCAACAUUGACGCAAAGGCGGAGGAGUUUAUCGCUCAAUUCUAUCAACAGAUGAGGCUUCAGCGCUUGGAUCGCUUGGAUUCCGUCCAUCUCAGUUGCAACGACACCAUUCGGAGGUCAACCAGUUGAGAUCGAUCCAUCCGUCUACCUAGCUGGUACUACAAUAUGCAUGCAUACAUACAUAUCCAUGCCCGCAUAUAUCAUGCAUGCAGGUAUAUAUGUACGUUGCUUCGCCUUCGCCUGGGUCAUGAUAUAUAAGCGCUCCCUCCAUCAUCCUCAGUAAUAUGCAUGGCUGCAACUCAACUAGGAAAGGACAUGCAUGCGCAAGCAAAGCAGCACUUACGUAUAACCUUCAUUUGCAUGCAUUCACGCUGGCUAACUUGGGUUCCUUAAUUAUACAUGUAUAAGUACCCAUAUUUAUAUAUAUAUAUAUAUAUAUAUAUAUGGGCUACGUACCUAGUUAUAUAGCUAGCUAGCUGGUGUGUGUAUUGUACCUAAUUUCGGAAACCAAAAAAAGAAAAAGAAAAAAGAAAAGUUUGAAUAAUGUUCAAUCUAUCUUUUAUUUGAUUUUAA